AGGUGACUGGGACAGGUGGAAAAGUCUGAGGGCACCUGGUGGACAGGAAAGAAUUGUGCCUGGAGGGAUACGGGCAGAAGUGCCAGUAUCAUGCACUAAAUGGGAGACACACCCUCAGAUCCAGAGGAGAAGUUCAACCGGGACAGUUGAUGGGAUGCAGAGCGGAGAAAGACGCUGCCGCCGCCGCUGGUGGGUUUCAGGUCUCAUGAGCUUCUGACGGCGAGCAACAGGGUUGAAGCAGGCAUGCCCAUCAGAGCCGAACACUGGACUCCUGAUCUCCAGUGACCUGUGUCACCAUGCCAACUCCCACAAUCCUCACAGCAACCAGGAGUCCUCAGAGAAGUUGCUAGGUUUACAAGCCCAUUUACAUCUGUGUGAGCCUACUUAAAGUUGAUUCCCUGCAGUACUGAGAGAGAGACCAGGAGGCAGAGAUGGUUUCCCAACAGACCCUGCUGAUUUUCAUGUUGCUGGUGAAGACAGGACUUGUGGGUGGAUGUGUGUGUCCAGCAGCCACCAUUUUGUCUCAGUUUCCCUCUGAGGUUCCUGCUGACAUCUGUUGCUUGAACUACUCUGGCUCUGCUUUCAGCCAUGUGCGCUGGUCUGUGUUUACUAAUGAAACAAACGUAGAGACACUGGAUCUGUCCUUCUGUAAUAUCAGUUCUAUUGAUAUGAAUGGCAAAGAGGCCUCUACCUUGCAGAAGGUUUACUUAGGUCAUAAUAGACUAACAACGUUGCCAAGGGAGUUUCUAGCCAGCCAGCUCAGCCUGACAGAGGUGGAUCUGAGCAUGAACCUGAUUCAGGAGCUUCCUGAGGGCUUUCUUCAGGACUCUGACAGUCUCCAGAAGCUGGAUCUGCAGGGAAACCAGCUACGCUUCCUCCCAGGCUCUGUACUGGAGAAGUCCAGUCUGCUAAGGCUGGAGCUGGAUGGGAACCCCUGGGACUGCUCCUGUUUGUUACUGGAAGGCCUGGAGGAAGGCAGGAAGGUUAAUAGGACCACUAAGCUGCAGGAUCUGGUGGGGAACUUGACCUGCGUCUCUCCCAGACACCUUGCCGGCAGGACUGUGUGGUCGAUGAGGCUUAAUGAAGUGUGCCGCCCGGCUGGUCUCACUGCACUCUUUAUAGUGCUCCCUCUUCUCAUCCUCUCUGCCUUGGUGCUCUGCUGGUGCUGUGGGAGGAAGAAGAAAGAAGCACCUGUAAGCACCCCCAAAAAGAGAGUUACCAGCUCCAACUGCAAUGGCCAGAAGCAUCAUAGAAUGCAGCAACCUGCAGCCACUGAGCAGAAUAAAGCUGGACACUGUGGCAAUGAAGGGAUCCUGAAGAACCAGCUGCUGCUGCGCCCGGCAUCCGCCCUCCUGGGCAGCACCAGGGACAUUUAUGAAGAGGUGGAGAUUAAGAUGGGCUCAGUGGAGUCUCUUCCCCCAGUCUCGUCACACUGUUCCAGCUCCACAGAGGGGAAGCAGGGCUCCCAGGAGCCAGACGGGGCCAGCAAGACAGAGCUGGACACAGUCAGUGUGACAGAAGUGAUGAAAGACUCAGCAGACAGGGAGAAGGCUUACCUGACCCAGUCAACUGAAUACUACAGCCUGGUGCCAGGUAUCGAACUGGAGGACUCAGAUCAUGGCGAGUAUGAAAAUGUUGACCUCUCGUGACGGCAUCUUAAAGGAAUAGUGAAACAUUUUGGGAAAUACACUUUUGUUUUCUUGAUAAGAGAUCACGAGAUUUGAUGAGAAAAUCUCCACCAAUCACAUGUUUGUGUGUUAAAAGCCCUUAAAACCUAAUUUCUAAAUCAACUUCUUACUUUUAGUCAUGCGGUCUUACAUGAGCGCAAAUAUUUUUCUGCUUAAGUGAAUUCACACAAGAAAUUUUUGUAUUUGUGUUGUUAUCUGUGCUCUUCUCACUAGUCUGAACCAAACCCACACAGCCCUGAUUAAGCACAGUGGUUGAGUUUUUGUCUGUUAAAAAACACAUAAGGAUAUUUUUUUAACUUAAAAUUUGAUUGUUGUUUUGAAACCAAGUUUUCAGGGGCUUUAUGUACGAAGCUGGAGCCAGAGUUAGCCUAGCUUAGCAUAACGAAGCAGGGGGAAACAGCUAGCCUGGUUCAAUCCAACUUAGAAAUCAUGCCUACAUACACCCUUUAAAGGUCGGCUUGGUGACAAAGUGACUGCUUGCAAGGCUAGUUGGAAAACUAGCUGGUGAACUAACUGCUAACACAAAAGCUAGCUCUAGUCAGUCACAAUACCUGUCUUCUUCUGUAGUGGGUUGUUCUCUUCAUCAUUUAAUUGAGUAAAGACAAUUCUCUGAACGACAGGAACUAGCUUGCUAAGAGAGUCAUUGUGCAAGUUCAUGAGCUGGGUCGCUAACAGGACAAUAUGUGUUUCUUAUGUAUUUGUACCAUUGAGACCUGUCUCAUAACUGUCUCUUUUGUACACUGACAGAGGAGGUUGAAUAAAAAUGUUUAGCGCAACACAGCUAGUAAGCUAGGAUAGCGUCCUCCAUUUUGGAGUCAGAGGUCAGAACUGUUAAGGUAGGUAUUGUUCACCUAACUGAACGAGACUGUAGCGAUUCCAUUUAAAUCCUUUAGUGUCUGUGGGCUGAUUUUUAACUUUCUCAUUGCCUCCAGUCUUCAUGCUAAGCCAGCCUCACCUUCUGGGUCCAGGUCCAUUAACUCACAAAUGAGUAUCACUUCAUCAAACUCUCGGCAAGAAAAUGAAUUAAGUAAAAUUAAGUGUUUCCUAAAAUGUCAAAUUAUUCCUUUAAAUGCACUAAAUAGAAACAGUUUAUGUGUGUGUGUUACAGAAAAAAGCAAGUUAUAUAAUGACACAAAGACAGCCUGGUCUGACCACUGUAGUAUCACAAUGUAAGAGGAAGUGAUUUAAUCCAGACUUUUUCCUGUGGGACCUGAGGAACGCAGUGAUGGUUUGAAAGGGAGGCCCCAUAUUUGCUCUGGAAGAAAAUUGCAAGGCACAAAGACAUUUAUUCUAUUUAAUGCUACUCUUCAUGUUGUUUUCAUGUCUAUUACAAAGAGCAGGGCAUAUGUUUAUAUGUCUAUGUUUAAUUACUGUAGGUCAACCAAGCUUUUGUAUUUACUUUACCUCACCCAAGUGUGAUUGUUAUAUGCAUUCCAGUUGGACUUAGGUGUUAUACUGCAAACAGGAUGUUCCGUCACCUUUAGCUGCACAUUCAUGUAGGUGCUAAAUAGUGACUAAUCCCUCACAUUUAAUUCAGUGUGAAAUGUGGAAUGUAAAGCUUAGACAAGAUGUCUAAAUUUAUGUCAUUAUUAAGCAAGGAUAAAAGGACAGACGCUUGCUUAUGCUUUACGUCACAUACAAAAAUGUGCAUUUAUAUUGGUAAAUGGCAGGGUGGUCAGCUCUAAACGCUGUUGAAUUCUAGUUUAAGAUGGAAAUAUCUGUAGUGCCGGGUCUAGUAAAGUGAGAUUACCAGCAUUUCUUUGCAGUGGUGCUACAAUAAAAUAACACUGGAGAGGACAUGUACACAAAAGACAACACUGAAUAUCAUGGUCAUGGUGGAGGUGCAGGAUGCAGACACUCCGUUGUUACCAAAGAUGUGGAAAAGAGACAGACGUCCCACUCUCACACUUGCUGGCUCUGAAUACUAAUUGGUUUGUGUUCAGUAGAGAGACAAAGGGAGUGGGUGCAGCUAAGGGUGUGGAACUUCCUGGAAUUUAAAAAAAAUCCCAGACGGAUUUUCACGUAUUUUCCAUCAAAGCUUUAUUUAUGAACAGUGAAAAAGAAAAACAGAGAAAUGAGUGAAUGUUGCAUUUUGUAAUUUUGUACAAUUUCUGCACAGAAAUAUAACAUUUCAUUGUAAACAGGGCCAUAGCCCUGAGUCACUGAAGUCAUGUAUUUUCUUUUAAAUGUAUUUAUUUUUAGGAUACACAUAGGAACAGUGACAGAUUUCACAUACUUCUUUGCGAUUUUUGAAACUGUGGGCUGACAAAAGCAGGCUUUUUAUUCUGGCAACUUUGCAGGCUGAAACUACGUCACUGUUGGAUUUUUAUCAGCUUAAGCUAGCUAGGUUAGCUGAUUAAGCUAACAACAUUAAUUGGUUAAAACAACUCUCUCAGGCUGACUUUUUAUUGUUUCCAGAACACUUUUUAAACUGAGAUUUGUAUAAAAGGGUCUUGAAUAUGCACUUGAUAGCUACAUAAAUUAUAUAAUGCAACAAUAAAAAAUAAGGCUAAAGCUACAAAUGUCCCUGGCAGAAAGACAAUGUUAGCUCACAUACUUAAGCAUAAUGUAGUAAGUUAAUGAUGUGCUCUUUGCCUUGGAAGAAACGCUUGGUAUUUAGCUUACUUUAUAGUCGGGAAUGGCAACGAUUAAGGCGUAGGCCUACAUUAGAGCAGAUAAACAAACUGGUUUUUCAUGUAUACUUUUGUUCUUUUUUAAUUUUGGAAAGGCUAAAAAAGGGUACACCACACUAUAGCACCAUUAUUAUCCAAAAUUUGACAGGCCUGCUGUGUCUAUAAUGGUAGCUAUGCUAUGAUGGUGCACUGGAUGGGUUUAGCAAAUAGUUUAUUAAAACCUUGUACAUAGCGGGUAUUUAAAAUUUCAGUCUUGAAUAUUUUUAAAUGCAUCUACUUUCAGGCCAGCAAAUAAUAAAUAAAUAACAAAUAAUUCAUUUGAACCAGAAUUUCAUUCCUGCCAGUAUAGAAAAGGUGAGUGUGUACGUUUCAAGUGAAAUUAGGCCUUAUGGAGUGUUUGAUGGCAGUGUAUCUUGUCAGAAAUGGUUAAACUGCUACAGUAACAGCUACUAAAUUACAGUACAGUAGCAUUAAUAAUCAUUCUGUUACAAUACAAUGUGUACAAUGUGUUACUGCUAUGAUACUUAAUAAAAGCACUGAUUUUCGUCAUUAUA